AUGAUGAAGUUGAUCAAACUCAUGGUUAUUCUAGCCAUUACAAUGGCCCUCACCAUCUCUCUACUCACCAUGCAGCACAAAUCGAACAACCCUGAAAAUUCAGGAUUUCAGGAGGAUGAGAAACUUUCAGACUUGGAAGUACCACAAGUGAUAACAAAGAGGGUGAAGAUAAGUCGAUUUCUUGCUCAACAAGAAAUCAAGAACCCUAGGGCCGCGGAUCACUGCCAUAAAGACAACGAAAUAUGCCACGUGUUGGAGGGUGGUCGAAAUUCGACAUGUUGUAACAACAAAUGCAUGGAUUUAGGUUACGAUGAUCACAAUUGUGGUGCUUGCAAGAAAAAAUGUCCUUUCACAGAGACUUGUUGUAGAGGUGAAUGUGUGAAUUUGUCUUAUGACAAGAGACAUUGUGGCUAUUGCAAUAAUAGGUGCAUGACCGGAGGAUAUUGUUUCUAUGGCAUUUGUGAUUAUGCCUAA